CGACCAAGGUUUGUGUCUGUCCUCAAUCUUUCCGAACAGCCGACGACGUCGUUCCGUUAUUCGCAGCUAUCGUAAUCGUUAGUGAAAAAACAACUUAAACCCUAGCAAAAACAUCCAAAGCGCUAAGGAAGAAGCUUCCAUCUCUCGAUUGUAGUUGUGGAGGAUAGCAUUGAGCAAUCGAACAAUGGAGGGCAGAGAUAAUGAGGAAAAAGGGCCCGAAGCGGAAGAAGGUAGGAAUUACUGCGGUGGACUGUCGAAGAGCGCACAAAAGAAGCUGUUAAAGCAGCAGAAAUGGGAAGCGAAGAAGGCAGAGAAGAAAGCUCUGGAAAAAGAGCAGAAGAAGAGAGAGGGGGAGCGAAAGCGGAAGGAAUGGGAGGAGAGAUUGGCGAGCGUGAGCGAAGAAGAGAGGGGGAAGCUGAUAGAGUCGAGGAAGAGUUUAAGGAAGGAGAGGAUGGAGCAGAGGUCAGAGGAGCGAGAGAGAAACACAGAGAGACUGAGCAGAGCGAAAGAGUGCGGACAGAAGAUUGUGAUCGACCUCGAAUUCUCUCACCUCAUGACCCCAGCCGAGAUCAACAGCCUCGUUCAACAGAUUAUGUAUUGUUACGCGGUGAAUAAAAGAUGCAGGGAGCCGGGUCAUCUAUGGUUGACGGGGUGCAAGGGAGAGAUGGGUACGCAACUGAAGAGGCUCCCGGGGUUUGAUAAUUGGAUUAUAGAGAAGGAAGAUCGAUCGUACAUGGAAGCUUUGGAAGAUGAAAAGCAAAAUCUGGUAUAUCUGACAGCUGAUUCAGAAAAUGUGGUUGAUGAUCUUGAUUCAAACAAGAUAUACAUUGUUGGGGGCCUGGUGGAUCGGAAUCGGUGGAAAGGGAUCACCAUGAAGAAAGCAGAGGAGCAGGGCAUUCAAACGGCAAAGCUUCCCAUAGCCAACUACUUGAACAUGUCCUCUUCCCAGGUGCUGACUGUGAAUCAAGUGAUAGAGAUUCUGCUCAAGUUUUUGGAAACGAAGAAUUGGAAGGACUCUUUCUUCCAAGUGAUUCCUCAAAGAAAAAGAUGCCAAGCGGAUUCAGAGCAAUCUCAACAAGUGAAAGGGGGAGAAAAUGGAAUUGACAGUGAAGAGAAAAAUGAUCAAUUUGAAAGCAAAAAACAGUGUGCUCAAGACUCAACAAGAAUCCGAUGGAUAAAUACAAAGGCUUGUUUGGAAGCUGGGCAAUUGAGGGAGAAGCAUCCAAAUUAUGAACCAAAGUAUGCAAGGUUUGACAUUCCUGACUUGGACACGAAGAAGACAUACCAUGUCCCUGCUAAUACGCCUCUUGGAGAAUUUGUUGAUUUUAUUCAGUUACAGAGCGGGCUCAGCAUAAAGAAGCCUAUAUUUGUCUUUUUCAAGAACACUAAAACCCCGACUGGUGAGUUGCUACUCAAUUAGAUUUUAGCAAGAUAUGCAUUGUUGGACGAAUGGUGGAUCGGAAUCGGUGGAAAGGGAUCCCCAUGAAGAAAGCAGAGGGGCAGGGCAUCCAAAAGGCAAAACUUCUCAUAGCCAACUACUUGAACAUGUCCCUCUUCCCAGGUGCUACUACUCAAGUUUUUGGAAACAAGGAAUUGGAAGGAUUCUUUCUUCCAAGUUAUUCCCCAAAGAAAAAGAUGCCAAGCUAUUCAGAGGAACCUCAAAAAGUAAAAGGGGAAGAAAGUGAAAGAUAAAGUGAAGGGAAAAUGCCUCUUGGGGAAUUUGUUGAUUUAACACAGUUACAGAUUGGGCUCAGCAGAAAAAAGCCUACAUUAAUCGUCUUUUUCAAGAACACUAAACCUCCCGCAUGUGUGUUGGAACUCAUUUUUAUUUUAGGCAUGCGAUCUUGUUCCCAAGGUUUGGUUGUAAUAAUUCUUAUAAUGUCACAGGUGAUAAAGCUACUGUAAGGACGACUAUGCAGGUCAAAGCCUAUUUUUUCUAAAUACUAUUUCCGAUAAGAAGAGUCUCAGAGCUCCCAGAGUUUGCACUUUUUCAUUGGAUCCACAGAGUUUCUCUUCUCCACUGUAGGUUAUGUGAAGAAAUCCAUCUUCAUCCUUAUUUUCCUCAUCAAUUGCACCCAUCAAGGCACCUGUAAGUUAACAUUGGAAGAAUUAUUACAACAACUUUGUGAACAACA